AUGGGAUCCCCACGGCAAUCAGCUCCAGCCAAUCAACAACAGCCUCAGCAGAGAGGGCCCAAUCAGCAUGCAGGGCUACGGCCGACUGGUCCUCAACAACAACAAAAACCACUGGGUGCCCAAGUAAGUGGCCCUCCUUUCUCCCCUGCCAAACAGGCAGGACCCACCUCCCAGAGCAAGGCGCCUGCCCAACCCUCCCCUACCAAGGCACAACCCUCCCCAGGUAAGAGUGCACACUCCCCUGCUAAAACAGCCCAGCCCUCCCCUGCCAAGGGUGCACCCUCCCCCAAUAAAACAGCAUCCACCCCUGCUAAGGGCACACCCUCCCCCGCCAAACAGACAGGACCCACUGCCCAGAGCAAGGGUCCUGCCCUGCCCUCUCCAGCCAAGGGCGCACUGUCCUCUACUAAAACAGCAUCCACCCCUAUCAAGUGCGCACCCUCCCCUGCCAAACAGACAGGACCCACUGCCCAGAGCAAGGGACCUGCCCAGCCCUCCUCUGUUAAAGCUGCAUCCACCCCUACCAAGGGUGCACCCUCACCUGCUAAGGGUGCACCUACCCAACCUAAACCCAACAAGCAGGCCGGUAAACAGCAGCAGGGCCAGGAUAAAACUAAAGUCGUCCACAAAACUCAAAAGGAAACACAAGCCAAAGCCUCGCCCAAGAAGGGACCACCUGAAGCCAUUACCACAUCAAAAGAUGAAAAGAAGAAAGCCGCUGAAGAUUCGCAGGAGUCAAAACACCAUGAAGUGAGCGUCUUCACCACCGUUAUUCUUCUUGAUUUACCACCAGAAUUUUAUUUACCUUCAUUUUAGUAAUUCUUGUCAUCGUCGUUGUCACCAUCAUCAUCAUCAUCAUCAUCAUCAUCAUCAUCAUCACUAUGAUCAUUACAUCAUUCUCAUCCCACCUGUCUUCGGCAUCUCCAUGCAUCAGCCGUUUACGAUCAUGCAUCAGCUUUGGUAUCUUUUCUUCAUGUUUUUAUUAGUUCAAUCAUAAUGUUAAGCCUGUAUGAUCUGUAAUAUGGUCAUCCUUGUCUCUGGGAUUGUAAUCAUGAUUCAUCAGUGUUAUUAGCUAACAUGCAAUGCACCGUUUUUUAACUUAAUCAUUAUAUUUUGAUCAGAUUGUUUAUUCUUUACCAUCAUUCAUCAUUCUUCAACAAUGGAAGAGAUUGCAUUGCACAUUUAAUUAUACAAGCAUGUAACCAAAAUAUCAUGUUUUUUCUUUGUGUUUUAUUGUUGUUUGUCUUUUUGUUGUUUUUGUCACUUUUUAUCUUAACCUUUUAUAGUCAUAUUUGUGUGCAUUACAUUGUCUGCAAUUGUUGCCUGUGCUUUAAUAACGUUCAUUACAUUAUCAGUUAUAGUUGCCUGUGCUUUAAUAACGUUAAUUACAUUAUCUGUUAUAUAUUUGCCUGUGCUUUGAUGACUGAAUUAUUUUCAAUGCAAUUAUUCUCUUGUCUUGCCAGAAUAGUAAUACAGCCUGUAUAAGCUCCAGUGCUUUUAUUCCAACCCCUAUCAUCUGUGAAACAAAUGCCCAUAAAAGUGACACUGCCGAUGAGUUAGGUGAAACGAUAGGAAAGAAAGGGUUUACUGAUGCCUGUAAUAUACUUUUUGCUACAGAAAUUAAUUAAGUCAGGGGGCAACAGGACUGAUGCUAAUACUGGCGUCUGACCUGUCUCUCUUGUUUCUCUCUUUCCUUUAGGAUUCCAACAAGUCCAGCACACAGAGCCUCAGUGACACGGGCUACUCCUCAGAUGGGAUCUCCGGCUCCGUGGGCGAGAUCACAGGCCAUAUCCGUGAGGAUCCUGGGUUGAAGCUGGGUGAACGAGGCCCCUCCAGCCCCUCUGAGAUCACCAAGCUAGAGAGCUCCAUGCGGCCACUGCUAGAGUCCAAGUCCAAGUCCGCUGCAGACCAGGGCGAGGAGUACAACUCGGAUGGGGUGGUGUCUGACGAUCUCAGUCCCAAGCUGCGCCACGACUAUGUGGAGGACAGCAGCGAGAGUCGUCUGUCCCCCUUACCGCCCAGGCAGAAGAAGUCCCAUAAAGAAAUUACAGAUGAGGAGUUCAUGAGGAGGCAGAUCAUGGAAAUGAGCGCUGACGAGGACGAGAUGGAGGAGGAGGAAGGGUACGGCUACCAGAAAAACAAAAACAAAAAGGAUUUGGGGAAAGAGAAACGACGCAGCCUCACCCACCAUUCCAGUAGUUUUGAGGAGGAUACCAAGGAGGCAGAUGGCGAAGACGAUGAAGGUAUGAUGGCUUCCCAAGGAGGCCUGCGGCGGUUUAAGACCAUUGAGCUGAACAACUCAGAGCAUGAUCUCAGAGAGCCAGAGCUGGAGAUGGAAAGCCUGACUGGAUCACCAGAGGAGCGGUCGAAGGGGGAGUAUUCAUCCACCCUCCCUGCCACCACUCCCAGUUACACAUCUGGCACGUCACCUACCUCCGUGUCCUCCAUGGAGGAUGACAGUGACAGCAGCCCCAGCCGCAGGCAGAGACUGGAGGAAGCCAAGCAGCAGAGGAAGGCUCGCCACCGCUCCCACGGCCCACUCCUGCCCACCAUCGAGGACUCAUCCGAGGAAGAUGAGCUGAGGGAGGAAGAGGAGCUUCUGAGAGAGCAGGAGAAGAUGAGAGAUCUGGACCUCCAGAGGAUCCGCAGCACAGCCAGGAAAACCAAGAGGGACAAAGAGGAGCUAAGGGCCCAGAGACGUAGAGAGAGAUCCAAGACUCCCCCCAGCAACCUCUCUCCCAUCGAGGAUGCAUCCCCGACAGAGGAGUUGAGACAGGCAGCAGAGAUGGAGGAGCUCCACAGAUCCUCCUGCUCCGAGUAUUCCCCUUCCAUGGACUCAGAGGCAGAGGGCUUUGAAAUGAUGGGCUCCAAGCUCUACAAGUCAGGAAGCCACCACAACCUACCCACCUUCAUGUCCCUCUACUCCCCAACUGAAAAACAUACUGCCACUUCACCGUUGGACAAGACACUGAAAAGUGCAGAGGAGGUGUAUGAAGAAAUGAUGAGGAAAGCAGAGAUGCUGCAGCAGCAGCAGGGACAGCCAGGAAGGCCAGGCCAACAACAAGGAAGUCCACAAAGGCAACCGGCUGGAGCACCUCAGCCUGGCAGCAAACAACAUCUAGGCACUGGAGCACCUCUAACCCCUGGCUCCAGCCCCACACAAAUCUCUGCACCUGUUUCCUUCUCCUCAAACGACCCAUGUGGGGCUGGAAAAGGGGUCCCCCCAGGAAUCAGUGUGACACAGCAUCUAUCAAAAGAAACCCAAGACCGGAUGAGGAUGCAGACUGCCAAAAUAGGAGGUGUUAUCCCCCCGGUGGCUGUAAGACCAGGUCCUCAGGGACCAGCACAGGGGGCGCCUCCUCCUGACUCUGGAGCGCCUUCCAUCGCAUCCUCCCUCUUCUCCUAUUUCAAAGGCCCCAGUCCUCCUGUUUCCCCUUCCCCCUCUCCCUCACAGAGCCCCACUCAUUCCCUGUCCCCACGACCUACAGGGCCUGGGGUGUCACCACAACCCACUGGGCCUGGGGGGUCCCCACAACAUUCUCAGCCUGGCGCUGGGGGCCCAACCUCCCCAGUACCGCUGCAACAACAUGGACCCCAGAUGCCUCAAAGAGCAGCAUCGCCAUGCCUUGCAAGACAACAGUCCUCCUCCAACUCACCAGUAAUGGAGAUAACGCUGGGCUCUAAGACCACCACCAGUCCUGCCAAGCCUCUGACUGUAAACUCCUCCACUUCUCCCCUGUCCUCGCCAACAAAGGCUAUCCGUCAGCCCAUGUGUCAGCAACAUAUUCCUUCAACGAGCUCUCCAACGUCCCCACAAAUGCACCCAUUGCAACAAUCCCCUCAACAUGGUUUACAGAGGCUCCAAACUGCAGAUAGGGUUAAUAUAGGUAUAAGCAUGACAAUGACAACCACAGCUACCACAUACAGUCGUGGGUCAAUGUCAAUGGAAAAUAUCUCCCUAUGUAGGCUCUCCAAUGUCCCAGGUACCUCUAGGGUCGUAGAGCAGGGCCAAAUGCAAAUGCAUCCGAGUGGACCUGCACCUGUAGUGGACUUGAGAGCACCAAUGAAGGCCGCCCCAGUCAUCAUGACAGACCAGGGCAUGGAUCUAACAUCUCUGGCAACUGAUACAAGGAGGUAUUCCCUCGAUGCUGAACAACCACCCAACCGUCACAAAGCAGUGCAGCCACUGAAUGCAGCCAUGAACCUGAAUGCACAAGAGCAGCCGCACGUUUCAGCAUCCACUCCAACAACAGUCAGCGUCACCGUGGCAGCGUCCAUGUUUAUAUCUCAGCCAAAGGGGCAUCCAGUGGUUUACGGAGAUCCCUUGCAGAACCGUAUGGAUCUGGGGCAAGGCGUUGGGUCAGCAAUGUGUCUAACACAAACUAAGCCACCCAUCACUGACCCGUCCAUUCCUAAGAUUGACGCGUGUCUGGAGGAUCUGGGCAUCCAGCAGCAGCAGCUCCAGAUGCAGCAGCAGAAGCUCCUACAGCAACAACAGCUCCUCGAGCAGCAGCUCCAGCAGCACCAGCAGUCUUCCUUUGCUCGCUAUAACCUAGCGAACCAGGUCCAGCCGCUGUUGCUGAAGAAAGACCUGGUGGUUAGCCAGACGAGCAGUAGCAGUGCCCAGCCUGUGGUCAGUGUCAGUGUGAUUCCUAGAGUAUCUCCCAUGCCUCCCCAGCCAGUGUCUGUAGUUCUACAUCCCUCUAACAAUCAACAUGACUAUGGUCAGAGUGGGCUUGCCUUGGAGUUGAAGAACAAACCCACAGUUAUGAACCUGUCCACUGGAAAGCCCCAUGUCAUGAUGGUCCAACUGGAAGAUAGCAAUGCCUCUCAGGUGGCCACCGUGACUCAGCUGGUCAAAGAGCCUCCUCCCCCUCCCCAGGUCCUGGAUCUCACUGGUGGACAGAUACAGAAACCAGAGAACCAAGUGGCUUGUUGUGACGUUGUUUACAAGCUACCCUUUGCUGGUAGCUGUGCAGGGAACUUAACUCAGAAAAAUUCUACCACUGAACCUUCCCAAGUCACUCUUCCACCCCCUGCCCCACACUACAUUGUAGGCCAGCAGCAGCAGCAACAACAACAGCAGCAGCAACAACAGCAACAACAACAACCACCUGGUAAUAAUGGCUACCAGGCAGCAAGCAUGCAAGGAGCACCAGAGGAGCAUAAACCUAUGCAGGGAGUCCCUCUAUACCCUAUACCCCCCGGAGGGAGGCUUCAACCUUCCAUGUCUGACACCAACCUGUCUAAUGCAGGUAUUCAGUACUAUCAGAGGACUGACCCUGGGGACCUGGCAGUGGAUCUGAGCACCAUUAAUCAGGCCUACGAAGGAGGAUAUCUUGGCAUGGGUGCGCAAUACGGAUCCUACACAGACUUACGUCAUCAAGGAGAUGUUGCAGGUCCUCCCUUGCCCCUACGAAGGUACGGCUCCAUGUCCAACAUCAACCAAGACUACGGCUAUGGUCAGGCAGGUUUACCGGACGCCAACCUGGCACAGUAUAGUGCCACCACUGCCAGGGAGAUCAGCCGAAUGUGUGCAGCUCUGAACUCUAUGGACCAUUUUGGUCAACGGUACAGCAACCCUGAGAUGAUGCAGUAUGGUUCUGGAAGUGGAGCAGGGCCUGCAGCCAGGCUCAACCUACAGCAAAGCUUAGCAUCAAUCCGAGCCAACCUGCUCUAUGGCCCUGACGGGAGGCCCACUGCACACGGCCAAGCCCUAACCAAUCUGAUCAAUGCCAGACAAGCAAGCAUACGGGCCUUAUAUCCGUCUGCAAUGAGAGGAGCUGACGGUAUGACAUAUUCCACCAUCAACACCCCAAUAGCCUCUACCUUGCCAAUAACCACCCAGCCCUCCUCUGUUCUGCGACCCAUGCCACGAGGAAUAUACCGACCUUACCCUGCAGGCGUGACUGCUGUACCACUGGCGAGCCUCAACAGGUUGCCUCAUAUGACCCCAAAGAUGCCUCUGUCCACACAGGGACAUUACGGGUACCCUCCUCCCAACCAGUUCCCUACAAUGGCUAGUGUUCCUGGAAGUGUACCUGCCACAAGCACCUCCACCCAAGAAGCUCCUGUCUACCUUGGGAAGCCUUCUGCAACCGUCUCUGUACACACGGCUGCAACCUUAACACCAGCCCAGCCAAUUGCUCAUAUGGGUGGACAAACUACUGCAAUGCCAAUUCAGUCUGUAGUAGUCCCUGCAAACCAACAGACCCCCCAAACUCAAAUCCAAGGGCAGAAUGUUACGACACACCCCCAUACUCAAACUCAUAUGCAAAUCCAAAUGCAGCAACAAAUACAGUCCCAAAUACAGCAACAAAUACAGUCCCAAAUACAGCAACAAAUGCAAACUCAAAUGCAACAACAAAUAGCAACUCAAACUCAAACUUCAUUUCUGACUCAAACCCAGUCCCAGCCUAUAACUCAGCCUGAUCCACAGGCUCUAGUGCAGCCCCAGCCCCAGACCACUCACCAGAUGGCUUCUACUGCAGCACCAAGCACCACCAUCGCCACUUCGGUCGACCCAGAGCUAGAAAAGGUAGAGGAGCGUUUGAGACAGCAGCAGGAGCAGAUGCUGCAGAUGGAGCGAGAGCGCGUAGAGCUGGAGAAACUUCGGCAGAUGCGCCUGCAUGAGGAACUGGAGAGAGACCGCAUGGAGCUCCAGAGGCACAGGGAGAAAGAACAAAUGCUGGUGCAACGUGAGAUUCAGGAGCUGCAGACUAUCAAACAGCAAGUACUGCAUCAGCAGCAAUCAGAGAGGGAGACCCAGCUGGUCAUGCAGAGGGAACAGCUAGCUCAGCAGAGGAUGCAACUGGACCAGAUCCAGUCGCUGCAGCAGCAGCUGCAGCAGCAGUUGGAGGAGCAGAAGAGGCAGAAGACUGCAGUAGUGGAGGCAGCGGCUGCGGCCGCAGCAGCCGAGGCAGCCGCUGCAUCAGCAGCAUCUGCUGCAGCCACUUCCACUCAAGGUGCCAUACAAGGGGUAGUAGUCGGAGGAGGAACCCCUCAAGGUGCCAUACAAGGGGUAGUAGUCGGAGGAGGAACCCCUCAAGGUUUCAUCAUCUGUGACCAGAGUGGUAGGGUGAUUCAACAGGACGGCCAAAGUGUGCAGUUCUGGCAACCCCACAUGGAAGGGCAGGUGGUCCAAGCAGUGGUGACCCCAAGGCCCAUACCAAACUCUGCCUCUGAGAUGUCCUUGAGAAACAGUGAGAAUCAGUUGGAGUCCAGGGUCAUGAAGAAGCAGAACUCUAUGCCUCGUCUUAGGGAUGGAUCGGAGGAGGAGCUGGUGAGGAGGAUUGCAGAUAGCUGUGUGCAGACGGACGAUGAAGAGGUUGAGGACAGGUACAUGAACCGCAGGGGCAGGAGAACCAGGCGGAUCGCCGACUGCAGCGUCCAGACAGACGACGAAGAUCAGGCAGAGUGGGAGCAACCGGUUAGGCGCAGGAGAUCGCGCUUAUCCAAGCAUUCAGACUCAAGCACCGAGGUCAAAUCCAAUGGAACCACCAAAGUGUCCUCCUCCAGCAUAGCCAUUCAGACCACCAACGACUCCUCAUGCCAGACUGAGGCAGACCAGUUGGGCAGGGUCUCACCUGCAAUCCACAUCACUGCGGCUGAGACAAACAAGGUGGAGCUGCUUCACUACAUCUCUGCCCCAGAGAGGACCCAUAAGGGUGAGAGCUUGGCCUGUCAGACAGAACCAGAGGCCCAGUCUCAGGGGGUGGUGGCCCCUCAGCUCAGCGUCCCCACUACCAUCAGCCCAUAUUCCACCACUAUGCAGAUGGUGGGCUCCACCCCACCUCCUCCCCAAGGGGUGGCCAAGUUCGAAAGGAGAAAACCCGACCCUCUGGAUAUCGGUUACCAAGGCCAGCAGCAGAACGAGUCCCCGUCUCGCCAGCCUCCCAAGUCUCCCCAGGUGCUGUACUCCCCUGUGUCCCCGCUGUCGCCCCAUCGGAUGCUGGAAACCACGUUCGCCUCCCAGGAGAAGCUCAACAAGGCACAUGUCACACCCCAGCAGAAAGCCUUCACUGCAGAGUCUGCUCAGCGUCACCAGAGCCUCCCCAGACCCAUCAAGAGUGUGCAGCGCUCCAUGUCGGACCCCAAACCCCUCAGCCCCACCUCAGAAGACCCUGCCAAGAACAGGUUCUCCCUUUACCAUCAGCAGGCCCUCUCCAACAGUCAGGUAUGUAAUAAGUUACAUUAUUAUUAUUAUUAUUUCACUUUCACUUCAAUAACUUUCACAUUAACACAUUACAUCAUAAUGUGACCUGAUAUGAAAAUAAAUAGGUACAUUGUAAGUUAUUUAGGCCCCGUGUAGCUCAGUUGGUAGAGCAUGGAGCUUGCAACGCCAGGGUUGUGGGUUCGUUUCCCACAGGGGGCCAGUAUGAAAAAAAUGUAUGCACUCACUAACUGUAAGUCGCUCUGGAUAAGAGCGUCUGCUAAAUGACUAAAAAUAAAUAUAUAUUUUUUAGAAAAGAACAAGCAUUUAACAAGACAGAAGACGUUUUUUCAUGACUAUCUUAUAUACAGUAGAGAGCAGAGAAAGUAAACAACAGAGUACUGAAGAGAGUGUGAUACUGAACAGACUAGAUAGUCCUGUGUGAGAGCACAGAUGCAUCACACAGGGUUUGGCAUCAAAGGACUGUCCAUGCUAGGCACCAGGCAAGCGUCCCCUCUAUUCCAUUAUACCAUCCUCUCUUUUUCUCACUCCAUAGCUUUCUCUGAUAUCCCUUUCUUUUUUCUCCUUUGCCUUUUCAAUCUGCUUUUUCUCUCCCACACACACACACACACACACACACACACACACACACACACACACACACACACACACACACACACACACACACACACACACACACACACACACACACACACACACAAACACACACACACACACACACCAUUUCUCUCUUUCUCCUUCAUGCUUUGCCUGCUAUAUCUGGCAAAGCCCUUAGAAAUGCCAGGGGGAGACAUAAUGUGGAGGCAUCCUGGUACAGCCCUGCUGUCUUCCGACAUGUUAGCAGCUGGUCAAAGUAAAGUCAGAUCCUUCUGUACUCAGUGCCAGGGCUGUCCGAUGAACAGGCACACAUAAGAAUCAUAAAAUGAUUUUUACAUACAUUUCUUGUUUUAUUUGUGCUGGCCAUACAUCAACAUUUGAAUAAAAUGGCAUUCUCACGGAUACUUAAUAAAUUCACCAUGGGUCUACACAACUCCUAAACUGUAAGUAGAAAGAAGAAAUCUAGCCAUGUUUGAAUGUUUUUUUCUCUUCUGUGCACAAUGAUUUAUCAUUGCUCUUAGUUUGUUGUUGUUGGCAUAGGUUUUGCGAUAAGUGAUGAGGAUGAAGGACGUUUUAAUUUUUAUGAAAACGUGUAUGACUAUGUUAUGAUUGGAAUCUUCUAACACUCUAAAAAGUAUUAAUAUUAACUAUUUAUGCUGAGAAUUGCUCCCAAGUUACCAAUUCUCUCUCACAUGGACAUCAUUCUUCAUGGUUGUAGCACUCAUCUUUUGCAGAGUACAUUUUAAUAAGAAACUUGCUCUUGAUUUUUAGUAUGCUCAUUUAUUCAUGAUGAAAGUAUUUUUGAAUGGACCCAAACAAAUGUAAACAUAUAAUUAUACAUUUUACCUUAAUUUUACUGCAGUGGGCUAAAUCAGGGUCACACAGAGUGUUUCUUGGUAGUCUUAAACAAAUCUACUUUGAAACACCUCACACACAUGGUUAUGGACUUAAAAUUAAGAAGACACCUGUACCAUGUCAGAUAUAGAGUGGAUGUAUUCCAUUUUGAGUUUGCACCCCAAAAUACACUUUAUAUACAUCACAGCAGACUGAAAUAUAACAAAAACAUUUGACAUAGAAACACCGGAAUUUCAGCGUUUAAAAAAAAUAAUGUUUAUGUUUACAAAUAUUAAUAAAAUUCCACCCAUGAGGCCACUAGGUCAUUUUACUGCAAGAAAGGGCUACAUUGAUAGAAGUUAGUCUAUAAUAUUGCAAUUUUCUGAAUUAAGCUAUGGAAAUGACAAAGUAUCAAGGUGUAAUGAUUAGAAUAGGGGACUGGACUGGAAUCUUCUUUAGUGCAGUUAGUCUGAUUUCCAUGCAGGCAUUCUGUUCAAUGUUAGGUGAGUGUUAUCCUGAUGGUGUUUCUCUGCCUCUCUCUCCAGAUGGCCACCCUGCAGCAGCAGCAGAACUCUCUGAUGAGAAAGGUAAAAAGGACCCUGCCCAGCCCGCCUCCAGAGGAGAGCCCUCUCCCCAUCGUCACCCCAGCCAUGUCCCACAUGUACAGCAGCUCUCCAGGGAUGCAGCCCGAGAGGGUGCUGCCCAGGCCUGCCCAGGGGGUCACCAAGGCCGGCCUGCUGAGUGAGCUGAAGGCUGUGGAGCAAGAGUCCACCAAGCUCCGCAAGCAGCAGCAGGAGCUGGAGGAGGAGGAGAAGGAGAUUGACGCCAAGCUGCGGUACCUGGAACUGGGCAUCCAUCAGCGCAAGGAGACCUUGGUGAAGGAGAGGGAGAGGAGGGAGCUGGCCUAUAUGCGCUGCAUGGGCGACCCCCGCGACUACAUGUCAGACACUGAGCUCAAUAACCUGAGGAUGGUGGCAGCCACGGGAACGUUCGACGGUAAUGGGCUGCUGACGAGGCCCAGCACGGCGCCACUGAGCCAGUUCACCAACGACCUUGGCCAGGCCUCCCAGUACCCGCCCACCUCCUCCUACAUGGCCUAUCAGUACCCACAGAGCCAGCACACGCCCACACAGCAGCCAACCGCUGCUUACCAACAGAUCGGUUUCCAGCCCCCUCAGUAUCCAAUAGCCGGCCAGCCCCAGCCAGGCACCUUCCAGCCCCACCCACCCCAAGGCCCAGGCUACCAGCCCCAGCCAGGCUACCCAGCCCACGGGGGCUACGGCCAGCCUUCCUACCAGACAGACCUGGGCGUGCAACAGCAUGGCCACCAGGGUUUCCAGCCUCCCAACCCCUCUAUCCUGGGCCAGAAUCUCCCCUACCCAGGCCAGAGCCCCUAUCCCGGCCAGGGCAUGUCCUUCCAGCCCCAGGCUGAGAUCCUCACGGUCCACCAGAGGCCUCAUCAGACCUCUCUGGCCGACCUGGAACAGAAGCUGCCCACCAACUACGAGGUGAUCAGUAACCCUGCCGUGUCGGUGGCCACAUCAUCUCCAGACACCGGCUUUGGCUCAGUCUAUGCCUCCAACACCAUGCCCAAUGCCUAUGGGCAGUACCGCCCCCCGGAGCCAGGCCUGACCCACGGUGUGGACAGCCCCACAUCGGCCUACGCUGCAGACGGCCUCUACACCGCAAACCUGGAGCAGAACAUCCCCAGGAACUACGUCAUGAUCGACGACAUCAGCGAGCUGACCAAAGAGAACACAGGCUCAGCUGUUGACGCUCUGGGACAUCCUGUUGCAGGACGCUACGGUGAGAACGGCCCAGCGCGCCAAACUGGCUACAGCAAUGAGCCUGUGGACCCGUACAUGUCUGUAGGCACCACGGGCUACCACCAGCAGGGCGCUGUGGACCCCCGGACCAGCACCACUGUAGGUGGUGGGGGAUCUUCUUAUUACUAUGACGACUAUAAUAAACACCCCAGCACAACACGCCCAGGGGGCCCGGGGACCCAGAAACACCCAUCCAAGAGCCUGGCUCCCGCUGUUGUCUCCUCCAGUAAGCGCAGCAAGCACAGAAAGCAAGGCAUGGAGCAGAAGAUCUCCAAGUUCUCCCCCAUCGAGGAGGCACGGGACGUAGAGUCCGACCUGGCCUCUUACACCAUGACCACCUCCACCGGCGGCAGCUGCACUGUGGUGUCUCGGUCCGGGGUGAAGAAGAGCGGCUACGACCAGCAGAAGUACUAUGGUGGCCACCCGGGAAGCCGGGAAGCCCUGGAAGAGGAGGACCGGAUGUACGGCUCGGGGAGGUCCCGGUCUACGGGCUACGGCAUGGACAAGAUCUCCUCCAGGGACUCCUCCAGGAGCAAGUCCUACGAGAGGGACGCCAUGGAGCGGUCUCAGAGAGGCGGCGGCGGACGGCCCGGACUGCGCACCUAUAACUCAGAGGAGGAGAGCCCCCUCAGCUCCGUGGGGAAGCCUGUGGGGGUCGGACGAGGUGGCACCGGAGUACCAGGGGACCCCCAUGACGUGAGGAGCCAGUACGGCUCCAGCCACUCCCUGCCAGACGUCCAGGACCACCACAUGAAGGACCUGCCCAGGAGCCACGUGUACAAGCCAGAUGACCCGUAUCUCGUAGACGACCAGCAUGCUGCUGUGUCGGACAGUGAAGGUAACUGGUGCUGAAUGCCACUAACUGCCUGACUUCCUCUGUCUUUCUGUCUGCUGGAAAGAGUCUGAAUGCCAAGGGUCUUCAGAGUAGCAUGAUGGCUUCUUCUGUUUUGUGACUGUGAGUGUUGUGCCCAAUGCAUGAAACCGCAUAUGCCUAUGUUUUCUUUUUUUCUUUUUGCCUGGUGAAAACAUUUAUAUUUUUUGCGUUUUGUGAUUUUACAAGUUUUUUGCUGUUUUUUGUUUGACUUUGAAAGACUUUCCAUGUUUUUGAGACUUUGGGCCCGUCUUUUUGUCUGUCGUCUGCAUGACUUCAGUUCAGACUGCAUGUCUCUCCUCUUCUCCUCUCUACACAUGAUAAUGUGAUAUUCUUUGUUGUUCAAAAAGCCUAUCAUCUGGGUCAGGAGGAGACGGACUGGUUUGAGAAGCCGAGGGAGGCUCGCUCCAACCGCUCCAGACACCAUGGGAGCGCAGGCCACAUCUCCACUGGUAGACAACAGACCGGCGCCAACGUGAAGCACACCUACCAUGACUAUGAUGAGCCUCCCGAAGAGCAGGACCUGUGGCCUCAGGACGAGUACAACAACCAACCUCGCCACCCCUCGUCCACCUCAUCAUCCCGCGACCACCGUGGUCACCAUGGCAGCAGCGGCGGCAGCUCGGGGAGGCACUCCUCUUCCCGCCACUCCGGCGAGGAGCCUCGGUCGUCCAGCCGCUCCUCCAGAACACACCCCAAAGACCAAUCCGCCCGCUCUGAGGGCCGUGGAUCCUCCUCCACCCAGAAGAGGGGAGGCUCGGACCCACGCUCCUCCCGGGAUGGCUACCGGGACCGGGACUCUGGAGACUACUCCUCUCGUGACCCGGCCUCCGGCCACCACCGCGAGGGCACCGGUGGCAGGGGUCAGAGGCCGCCAGGCUCGUCCUCCAGGAGACAGGAAGGGGUUCCUUCUGCAGGGGCCAAGCAGGGCCAGGGGCAGCAGCCCCAGGGGGGUCCAGGUGGGCAGCAGCAACAGGGGCAGCGGUCCAGCGGGCUGCCCCAGUCAGGCAGACAGCCUGGGUCCCAGGAGCCAGACGGGGGCCAACCGUCCCAGCAGCCUGGCCAGCAGCAGCAACGAACCCAGCAGCAGCAGCAGCCCCCGCAGCAGAGCCAACCUGCUCAGACCACCACCGGGGGCCCUCAGGCCACUCCAGGCACUGCGGGGCCAGGACCCGUGGCAGGACCAAUGGCAGGACCAGGGACGGCACAACAGCAGGCUAAACCUGGCCAGACUCCGGCACAAGGCCGGCAGCCAGCCGGACCCACUGCAGGCCAGCCAACAACCACAGCCGUGAGUACACCUGAGAUGGGUUUGGUAUUUCAAGGUCUAUUGAAUUGUGCAUCCUGGCAAUAAUCAUGAAAUUACUGGGCUUAUGUAAUUUCCCUCUCUUAUUUUUCACCUCUUGGUGAACAGCUGGACAGUAACAAUUUUGUUCCCCUCUCUUUCUGUUCCGCGACAGGUGACUUCUGCAGCAGCUAUUGGGGGGGUGAAACCUGCAGCAGCGAUAGGGGGGGUGAAACCUGCAGCAGCGAUAGGGGGGGCAGCAGCAGCACAGCCACCCAAGACAGCUACACCCCCCCUCAUAGGCAUCGGUGAGACUGACACCUCUCGCACAGUCUAACACUGCAUUAAUACAUUACUGUCUUUAGACUCUCUCAAACCCAAACAGAGAAUGACAUGCUACCCAAACAGAUAAUGUCAUGUUACCCAAACAGAGAAUGACAUGCUACCCAAACAGAGAAUGACAUGCUACCCAAACAGAGAAUGACAUACUACCCAAACACAGAAUGACAUGCUACCCAAACACAGAAUGACAUGCUACCCAAACAGAGAAUGGCAUGCUACCCAAACAGAGAAUGGCAUGCUACCCAAACAGAGAAUGACAUGCUACCUAAACAGAGAAUGACAUGCUACCCAAACAGAGAAUGACAUACUACCCAAACACAGAAUGACAUGCUACCCAAACAGAGAAUGACAUACUACCCAAACAGACAUGACAUACUACCCAAACAGACAUGACAUACUACCCAAACAGACAUGACAUACUACCCAAACAGAAUGACAUACUGAGAGUGACAUACCCCCUUCGUGUCAUCUGACAGUGCUGUUGUUGUUCCUCUGCAGGCUCUAAAGCAACGCUGCCUGGAGGGAUAGGUAGCAGGCCUGGUGGGAUCGGCAGUGCAGCGGCAGGCCAGCCCCCAGCGGAGGGGGUCAACGUUCUCACCAAUAUCUUGGGAGGGGCGGGAGGGGCAGCCGAACAGGCGGGGAAACUGGGAGAUGGUAAAGCCCUGAGUACCUGAACACUGUUGCAUCCCAAAUGGUACCCUAUUCCCAUAUAGUGCACUACCUAUGGAUCCUGGUCAAAAGAAGUGCACAAUAUAGGGAAUAGGGUGCCAUUUGGGAUGCAUCCAGAUUCUGAUGUGGAAGGAAUUACUGUUAAAUAAUGACUUUUCUUCUGUAUGGUGUGUGUGUGUCUCAGUCGUUGAUGUUCUUUCUUAGUCAUUGAACAUAAUACAAACAUAAUAUAAUAUAUAAUAUAAUAUGCCAUUUAGCAGACGCUUUUAUCCAAAGCGACUUACAGUCAUGCGUGCAUACAUUUUUAUGUAUGGGUGGUCCCGGGGAUCGAACCCACUACCUUGGCGUUACAAGCGCCGUGCUCUACCAGCUGAGCUACAGAGGACCCGUCAUUUGAUGUACACCCCUUCUACAGAAUAUUCUGUGAAAAGGACUAAUGUACUAA